AUGGGACAGAAGGCGGGCGUCGUACGGCCAUGGAUCGCCGCUGUGCUAUUCCUAUGCGUGGUAUACUGGUCUAUCCGCAUUUUGAACACCAGCGCAUGGACAAUUCCCGAGGCGAUGCACAACGUCAUCUCAAGCAGUGAAGAUUGGAGGGCAAGGCCAGAUGCCAGUGAAGAUAUUGAGCAGCACGUCGCUAGUGCGGAAGCUGCGUCAUUCUCGCCCUCACAAACUUAUCCGUCGAGAUUUCCUAGAGCUAUCUGGCAAACUGCUAGUGAGCAUGGUAGAGAGCAAUAUGCUGACAAGGCCAACACAUGGAAGGGCGUCAAGGGGUUCCAGUAUAAUUUCUUGAGCGAUGACGAGUCGAACGACUUUGUGCAUUCAAACUUCUCUUCGCGGCCUUCGAUAAUAAACUUCUGGGAUCAAAUCAAUCUUCCUGUCAUCAGAGCGGAUUUUCUUAGGUAUCUGGUAAUGCUGGCGGUUGGGGGAGUUUAUAGCGACAUCGAUACAUCGUGUCUGCUUCAUCCAGAUCGCUGGAUACCGAUUGAUCUUGGCGCGAAGACUGUGAAUGCGAUUAUCGGAAUUGAAUACGACGACGUUACCUACAAAAUGUUUGUACGUCCCAUCAGCUUCUGUCAAUGGACCCUAAUGGCAAAGCCCGGCCACCCAAUAUACGAACUUGCAAUUCAGAGGUUGAUGAGUAAUCUUGAUUUCCUCGCUCGUCGGAAAAGAGUCACCCUCGGCGAAUUGACAUUAGACAAGAUGGAGGUGCUUGAGGCAACAGGACCCGGAAUGAUCAGUGAUGUGGUCCUCCAAGUUCUCCAGAACCAGGGCCAGAAUGUGAGCUGGGAAACUUUCCAUGAGCAGCGAGAGCCAAAAUUGUUCGGGGAUGUCUUGAUUUUACCAAUCAACGGCUUCGCUGGGAAUCAAAAACACAGUCAUGCGGGUGAUCCGUCGUACGGAGAGAAAUAUGUCCAACAUCAUUUUGGCAGAAGCUGGUACGCGCCUGAACGAGCUGGAACUGAUGCGGAUAGUGUCAGAUCCAACUCUUCCACUGUCACACCUUGA